AAUGGUCACGAAUCUUCUGCGAAUGUGUACUGAAUCUCUCGUUUCAGCUAAAGAUUCAGAUUCAUUAUGUUAUCUCUUCGAAACCUCACUACUAGCUUCGUCGCUCUUCCAUCUCGAUCUAAGCCGUCGUCGUCGCCGUCUUUGCGUCGUCGGUUAGUUCGUUGUCGACUUACGGAGGCGGCAACUUUUUCACCUAUUGAUGUAGUUUCUGGAGAAUCGGAAAGAGCGGUUGGUAGCUUAACUGAGCUUAAAAACGGCGGUGGCUGGAAGGUGGAAGAUGAGCUUCCCUCGGCGGAAGAUGGAGGUGAAGGAGGAGUAGAAGAUGACGAUUCGGAGGAGGAGGAGGGGAUUUCGAGUAUUCAUGUUCCUCGUGAGAAAUACAUCAAUGUCUCCAAGUCUGAUCUCGUUAAUGGUAUUGUAACGAAGCUUCUCGAUUCUCAAGACGGAGGAGACGCUGAUAUCUUCCUCCUCCUUUCCUCGUGCUUAGACUCUAUCCUUCACGCGGAGCAUAAGAGGAUUUUAGAGCAGAUGAGAGCCGAUUUCGUCGCUACUCAGUCCCUAGAGGAGGAGGAACUUAAGAACUCUGAACCUAGGAGUGUUAAUGGAUACGAAGGUUUAUCAUUCCCUUUGGCUGAUGGUUUCGACAUUUGGAACUUUUUAAUUUCCUCUGGCAAACAUGCAAAGAAACGUUCCGCUGAAAGUGUAAUGGCUGCAACCCGGUUCCAGCGUUCUUUCAUUCAGCUCCUAGACAAUGCCGGUUUUGAAGAGCUUUCAGCUAGGGAUUUGGCAUUGACCUCGGCUCUUAACACGGAUUACCUUCUUACUUUGCCUGUAUAUGUUGAUUGGAAGAAGGCGUCAGAGUCCAAUGCUAUUGUUUUCAGGCGUGGAUUUGCAACUGAGAAGGAGAAGGGUUUGUUACUUGUGGAGAAGCUAGACUAUAUCCAGUCUAAAGUUCUACAAGUAAUCUUCUCUACUAUUGCAAAACCCUUGAGAAAAGUUGGAAAAUUGAUAAACAAGGCGUUAAGUGAGGCUUCUCAAACUCAAGAAAUUCAAGAUUUAUCAGAGGGAAUGAAAGUUUGGCUCAAGGACCUAUCCCUUUUUAAGGAAUCAUAUCUUGACCAAACUUCUGAUAAUUUCUUGAAAGAUGGCUUCCUUCCAGAUUCUGUCCUCCCCAUGCAGUUAGCAGCACAAAGGGCGGUCAGUCGAUAUGAGGGGCUUCUGACACCUGUUGGUCCUCGCGCAAAGCUCUUCAGAAAGUUGCUUGGAUGGAUUGGUUUCAUUUCUCGUGAUUAUGAAACACCAUCUCAGCUAGCUAAUGAUAGUAGUUCAUCUGAACCUUAUUUAAGGCCGAUUUUCUUAUCAAGGAUGACACUGGCUGAUAUAUGGAAACCUGCUUCAAAGAAAGCUUGUGGAAAUGAUAUCUGGAAAAGAAUAAAAACUUCAAUUUCCAUUCUUUUAUCACCUUCAACUCUGCAGGAGCCUGCGUUUGAAGAGCUAAUUUUGCUUUACACGAAGGAUGCGAGUGAAAAAGAUGAUAAGAAUAAAGAUGAAACACGAUCAUCAUUACAAUUGGAGAUAUUUGAAAGAAUUCCAAUUCCAGAUUUACCUGUAAUUUUCCCUCACAAGAAGCUUUACUUUCGCAUCAUAGAUACAGUACGUCUGGAUAUUGCUAGUAUUCUGGGACUUACGGCAUACUUUGUAAACUACAAGUUUGAGAACAUCUCAUCAUCCCCAUCAGCAUUCUUUCUUGACGUGAUCGCCGUCACAGCUCUGGUAAUAUAUGCAACACGAGUGGUUUUGGGUUACAAGCAGACAUGGGAUAGAUAUCAAUUGCUAGUAAACAAGACACUUUAUGAGAAAACCUUAGCCAGUGGCUUUGGCUCUGUCCAUUUCCUAUUGGAUGCCUCGGAGCAGCAACAGUACAAGGAGGCAAUAUUGACAUAUGCAAUUAUUCUCCAAGCGGGAAAAAAUCAGAAUAUGUCUUAUAAAGGAGUUGGAGAUAGAUGCGAGAGAUUCAUGUAUGACACUUUCAAAAUAAAGGUUGAGAUGCGAGUAGAAAAAGCUAUAAGCACGUUGGUGAGACUUGGUCUAGUAACAGAGACACUGGUCGAUAGCAACACCAAGUUACAGGCUGUUCCUUGUCCUCAGGCUUAUAUAUCUCUUAAAGAACUAUGGAGCAGUCUGCUUGGUUGAAUUCAGUCCGUGGUUGAAUGUAGUAACAUUUUUGCUAUAUUGUACAAGAUCUUCAAUAAAACCCGAAUAGAUUGUACAUAAACAGAAUCUGCUAACAUAAUGUUCUUCUUUUUUCUGUG